AUGGCGAGAAAGGUUGAAGAGAAAGGAAGUGCACAUAGAGAUGAUUACACACAAGAUGGCACUAUGGACCUCAAAGGGAGACCCAUCCUGAGAUCCAAGAGAGGUCGAUGGAAGGCUUGUUGCUUCAUCAUUGGAUAUGAGGCAUUUGAGAGAAUGGCGUACUAUGGGAUUGCAACAAACCUAGUGACCUACUUGACGAAGAAGCUCCAUGAAGGAACUGUGACAUCUUCGAACAACGUCACGAACUGGGGCGGCACGGUUUGGAUGACGCCCAUCCUUGGCGCUUACAUUGCUGAUGCUUAUCUUGGACGUUACUGGACUUUCAUUUUCGGAUCCGUCAUUUAUCUCAUGGGCAUGUCCCUCCUAACGCUGGCGGUGUCGGUGCCAUCGCUGAGGCCUCCAUCGUGCGACCCAGCGAUCAAAGAAGAGGAAUGUGACAAACGUGCCUCGGCCCUCCAGAUUGGAAUCUUCUACUUGGCCCUCUACAUAAUAGCGGCUGGGACGGGCGGGACCAAGCCCAACAUCUCGACCAUGGGCGCCGACCAGUUUGACGACUUCGAGCCCAAGGAGAGGGCCCAAAAGCUCUCGUUCUUCAACUGGUGGAUGUUAGGCAUCGUCUUCGGGACACUAUUCGCAACCACAGUCUUGAUCUAUAUACAAGAUAACGUCGGUUGGGCAUUAGGGUAUGGCCUUCCCACGCUAGGGCUUGCAUUGUCAGUCCUGGUCUUCUUGGUGGGCACUCCAUUUUAUAGGCACAAAGCGCCCUCAGGAAGCCCGUUGACAACGAUGGCUCAGGUGUUGGUGGCGUCGAUCAGGAAGCGGAAGUUGCCUGUUCCGGAGGAUCCGAAGGAGCUUUAUGAAUUGAGCCACGAACAAUACGCGGAGUUGAAGAAAUUCCCGAUCGAUCACUCUAUUUCUUUGAGAUUUCUUGACAAAGCCGCGGUGAAGAUUAAUUCAAGCUCGCCGUGGAUGCUAUGUCCCGUGACCCGAGUAGAGGAAACCAAGCAGAUGGUCAAAAUGCUCCCAAUCCUAGCGCUGACGUUCAUCCCAAGCAUGAUAUUUACCCAGGUGCUAACGCUCUUCGUCAAGCAGGGCGAAACCCUGAACCUACACAUGGGCCCGCACUUCCGGAUCCCUCCGGCCUGCCUCACCGCGUUUGUCACGAUCUUCAUGAUCAUAGGCAUCCCCAUCUACGACCGGUUCUUGGUCCCUGCUGUCAGGCGCUAUACCAAGAACCCUAGAGGCAUCACAUUGCUGCAGAGAAUGGGGAUAGGCAUCGUCUUCCACGUGAUCACAAUGGUCGCCGCUUGUCUCGCCGAGAAGUGGAGGCUGACCGUCGCCAGAGAGAACGGUAUUUACGGUCAGUCCCAAACAGUCCCUCUCACCAUCUUCAUCCUCCUGCCACAGUACGCUCUCAUGGGAGUGGCCGAAACCUUUGUUGAAGUGGCGAAGCUCGAGUUCUUCUACGACCAAGCGCCAGAGGGCAUGAAAAGUCUAGGAGCAUCUUACUACACUAGUAGUUUAGGUAUCGGGAACUUCCUAAGUAGUAUUAUUCUCCAGGUGGUCUCACGAAUUACCGAGGAACACGGCCACAAGAGUUGGGUCUUGGACAACCUUAACAUCUCCCACCUCGACUACUACUAUGCACUCUUGGCGGUCCUCACGUUUCUCAAUUUUCUCGUGUUCCUUGUUGUGGCCAAGCUGUUCGUCUACAAUGAAGAAGUCACCUUGGAUAAAGAGAUGGAAGCUUUGCUUGCUAAUUCAGCUGAUCAGGAGGCCGUGUCUGUCGGAUGA